GGGCGUGAUCGAAGGGUGCCGGGUCCCGGCCCUGCGGUGCCUGUGGUCGGCGUCCGUCCUCUGUCCGGCCAGCGGCCCGGGAGCCGGUUGGUGCGGGCGGCGGGACGACCUGGGGCGUGACGCGCCGGCCGGACCAUGGUCCACCUGACCGCCCUCCUCUGCAAGGCCUACCAUGGGGGCCACUUAACCAUCCGCCUGGCCAUGGGUGGCUGCGCCAACCGCCCCUUCUACCGCAUUGUGGCUGCUCACAACAAGUGCCCCAGGGAUGGCCGUUUCGUGGAGCAGCUGGGUUCCUACGAUCCACUGCCCAACAGUCAUGGAGAAAAGCUCGUUGCCCUCAACCUAGACAGGAUCCGGCAUUGGAUUGGCUGCGGGGCCCACCUCUCUAAGCCUAUGGAAAAGCUUCUGGGUCUUGCUGGCUUUUUCCCUCUGCAUCCUAUGACGAUCACAAAUGCUGAGAGACUGCGAAGGAAGCGAGCGAAGGAAGUCCUCUUAGCUUCUCAGGAAACAGAGACAAAGUCUACAGAAACAGAAGCAAGCUGAUUUCAGUGAGCAUAGCAGUGGGAACAAGGUCAAGGUUCUCUUAAAACACUUGUGCACAACUCUUUAUUUUGUUAGAUUUGAAGGUCAAUAAAUGAAGUUUUCUGAGUCAGGCAUACACAUCUAGCUUGGCCUGAGAAGGGCUCAGAAUUUAUUCUUGUCCUACAUAGAGCAGAGUCUAGGUAUUAAUUCAUUUUGGGGGGUCUUCUUGGGAAAGACAUUGGCUAUGAGGGGGAUGUGGGAGACGUGGGAGAAGCUUCUGGCUUUGGAUCAAGUCAGUUUUUGGCCGUUGCAGUCAUUUAUAACUCUGUCUUUCUAAUAAAAUCUUUAAAACACAAUUUAACAAAGGAGAUUGGGUAUGAAAAUUGCCUUUG